CAGCGACUUAUAGCGGGACUGCGGCGGGCAUUCUGACACUGGGGGGAACUGACUUGGUGUCACUGACAUCCCCAGUGACACCAAUACAGUGAUCAGUACUAAUAAAAAGAACUGACACUGUACUAAUGGCAUUGGGCAGGAAGGUGUUAACAUGUGUUGCGAUCAAAGGGUUAACUAUGUGCUGUGUGCUGUUUUACUGUGUGCUGUGUGUGUGCUUUACUGUGUGCUUACACUGCAGAGUCAUGCAAAGCAGUGUGCAGGAGUUGACAGGGAAGAGAACUGUAUUGUUUACAUACAGUUCUCUCCCUCCGUCGGUAAUGCUCCUCGAUCACCAGGUGCCAGCGAGUAAUCACCGGCUGGGACCCAGUGAUUGACAGCAUAGGCCACGAAAAGGGGUGCUGGUAGGGCA